AUGGGAUCAAAUGAGCCGAAGUUGGAGUGGAUGUACAAAGGAGUGAGAGGUCUGGUCGACAACGAAGAGUAUCUGACGGGACGUAAGAUUGACAAGACUUUUGAGAUAAUAUCGGCCGAAGAGAACCCACAACUGAAGGGAGACUUAGAGGGCUUCGAGUCAUUGGUUCCGCAAUCGCUGUUUGACUCACUGCCCAACGCUUCCAAUCCCUCCACUGUUACCAUCGAUUUGGCCGCGAAGUUACGCGAAGACCCGUUGUAUGAGAUUCGGGUCAAACAACGCGAAGAGCGGCGCAAACUGUUAGACAAUCCCAUGAAACUCAAGAAAUUGAAGACUCUUUUGCAGACAACUCUUUCCGAUGACAAACACCACAACAAGAGUAAGAAAAGACAUCAACGAAGAGAUAGUAGUAGUAGUAGUAGUAGUGGUGACAGCAGUUCCGACAGCAGUAGUAGUGAUGACUCAAACGAUCGCAAAAAGCGUCGACGAGAUAACGAACGAAGAAGUGAUAGUAGAAGUGGUCGUCAGUCGUCACACCAUUCUUCACAUCAUUCCUCAUCCGGUCGUCACUCAAAAAAUUAUGAUUCAAAACGAGACAAAGACUACAAGAAUAGAGAUAAUCACCGAAGAGAUGAUUCCCAUCGCAAGAAAUACGAAGAAAAGCCUCAUUCAAAGGACCGGAGGGACGAUCGACGACCGCCUCAGACAUCAUCCAAACCAAUCUCUAACGAUAGACACCGAAACACUUCCAGCAAUACAUUCACUCAUCCAAAGCCACCGCAGAGGACGAGACUCAGCGCCGAAGACAUGGAGAGGAGACGGAAAGAGAUGGAAACGAACGCCGUUUGGAGGGAAAGCCAACGCAAGACAAACGUCAAGUCAUACGAAGACGAGGAACGGCACGAAAAUCAAGUGAAUGCGAGCGCAAAGUCCGCACAAUUCAUCAAACCAUUGCUGAAGAGCGCCACAGAAUCCGACUCUUUGGAGGACAGAAUACGACAGAAGCGGUUCACCUCUCAGAGAGGCUAUAACUUAAUGGACAAUUCCGUCCAAAAACUUUCGGAUGUCUUUGUUCUUAACGAGUGUCGACUGAUGGAUGAGUGCCGCCGAUCGGGACACCCCCUCGAUGUCUACAAAACACAUCCAAACGACUCGCGCGGACACAAGACAUCACACAAAAUGGGAUCAAAUGAGCCGAAGUUGGAGUGGAUGUACAAAGGAGUGAGAGGUCUGGUCGACAACGAAGAGUAUCUGACGGGACGUAAGAUUGACAAGACUUUUGAGAUAAUAUCGGCCGAAGAGAAUCCACAACUGAAGGGAGACUUAGAGGGCUUCGAGUCAUUGGUUCCGCAAUCGCUGUUUGACUCACUGCCCAACGCUUCCAACCCCUCCACUGUUACCAUCGAUUUGGCCGCGAAGUUACGCGAAGACCCGUUGUAUGAGAUUCGGGUGAAACAACGCGAAGAGCGGCGCAAACUGUUAGACAAUCCCAUGAAACUCAAGAAAUUGAAGACUCUUUUGCAGACAACUCUUUCCGAUGACAAACACCACAACAAGAGUAAGAAAAGACACAAACGAAGAGGUAGUAGUAGUAGUAGUGGUGACAGCAGUUCCGACAGCAGUAGCAGUAGUAGUGAUGACUCAAACGAUCGCAAAAAGCGUCGACGAGAUAAUGAACGAAGAAGUGAUAGUAGAAGUGGUCGCCAGUCUUCACACCAUUCUUCACAUCAUUCCUCAUCCGGUCGUCACUCAAAAAAUUAUGAUUCAAAACGAGACAAAGACUACAAGAAUAGAGAUAAUGACCGAAGAGAUGAUUCCCAUCGCAAGAAAUACGAAGAAAAGCCGCAUUCAAAGGAUCGGAGAGACGAUCGACGACCGCCUCAGACGUCAUCCAAACCAAUCUCUAACGACAGACACCGAAACACUUCCAGCAAUACAUUCACUCAUCCAAAGCCACCGCAGAGGACGAGACUCAGCGCCGAAGACAUGGAGAGAAGACGGAAAGAGAUGGAAACGAACGCCGUUUGGAGGGAAAGCCAACGCAAGACAAACGUCAAGUCAUACGAAGACGAGGAACGGCACGAAAAUCAAGUGAAUGCGAGCGCAAAGUCCGCGCAAUUCAUCAAACCAUUGCUGAAGAGCGCCACCGAAUCCGACUCUUUGGAGGACAGAAUACGACAGAAGCGGUUCACCUCUCAGAGAGGCUAUAACUCAAUGGACAGUAAUUUUGCCCGAAAAUAG